ACAUUUGGGCUAUAGGCUGUAUAUUUGCAGAGCUGCUGACCUCAGAACCUAUCUUUCACUGUAGACAGGAGGACAUCAAAACCAGUAAUCCAUAUCAUCAUGACCAGCUUGAUAGGAUAUUCAAUGUGAUGGGAUUUCCACAAGACAAAGACUGGGAAGACAUCAAAAAGAUGCCUGAACACCCAACAUUAAUGAAGGAUUUCAAGAAGUCCAGUUACGUAAAUUGUACAUUGACAAAGUACAUGGAAAAACACAAGGUGCACCCAGACAGCAAAGCAUUCCGUCUUCUCCAAAAACUUCUUACAAUGGACCCUACUAAAAGAAUAACAUCAGAACAGGCAAUGCAGGAUGCUUACUUUAUGGAAGACCCCUCACCAUGUCCUGAUGUGUUUGAAGGUUUACCAAUUCCUUAUCCAAAGAGAGAAUUUAUAACAGAUGAUGAACCUACAAAUGACAAUGAAAAAUCUGAUAAUGCAAGCAAGGCCACAGGGGGAAAUGACCAGUCGUCCAGUCACGGCCAGCCACCUGCUAAACGUGUUCGGGUCAUGCAGCCCAAUACAAAUAAUGGAACAAUGGUAUCUAAUGAGUAUCAGAGAAAUGUUCAUGGAAUGCCAGGAAACCAAGGCCAACAGCAUUCAUAUUCCUCAACACAAAGCACUCAGGGAACUAAUUCCACAGUAUAUGGGCAGACAAGAUUUUAAUACAAAUUUGACAGUUUUUUAAGGAUUGAUAAUCCCAAGAUUGCAUUUAAUAACUUAUCUAGAAGACAUGUUUGCAACAUGCAUUAACAAACAUUGCCUUAUGGAAGAAAUCAUAAUGGGAGUCUCAUUUUGUUUGUAGUAAUGGUAUGCUUCGUUUAAGAAAUCAGUAAAUACUUCAGUUCAGAAAGGCAUUAGUUUUUGAGGCUAAUAUGACAGAUGCUGGUUGCUACAUUGGAUGUUGAACAGACUGUUACAAAGAUAAAUAUGUCACUAAUCAUGAUCAGAAUCAAGUACCAUAUUUAAUUGCUAUUUGAUUUUUUUAAUGUGGAUAGGUGUAAACAAAUUCCUUCAGGUUUUCAGGAAAUAAAUUAAUAGAAAAUGCA